AUGAAAUUUACUAUUACCAAUGCACACAUUCUGGGUGGGGCCACUGUUAGCCUUGGAGUCUUGUACAAAAUCUUCACCUCUUGGACUUCUCCAGUGGGUGUGGCAGCACUCAAUGCUUUUCACCUUGGCACAUUUGCACUUAAUUUUGGCACCCAACACUGGGUUUCAUUUGUUGCAGGUCCUACAAUGAUUAUGACUCUACCCCGUCACCAGUUUGGUAAGGUUCAAAGUCAAUUGUUUCCCAAAUAUUUCCAUCUGCAGACCAUAACAUCUGCUAGCUGCUUGAUGGCUUAUCUCAUUAAACAUUCCCUAGAAUCUAUGGAAACAUUUCAACUUAUUCAGGUUUGUGCUCUUGGAUCCAAUCUUUGUAUGUCUCUGCUGAAUUUGCUUGUAUUUGGACCCAAAUCUACCCAAACACUUUUAAAGCGUCAUGAACUAGAGGUAAAAGCAGGAGUUGGACACGAAAUUGGGUUCCAUGUGGAUCGAACAGAAUUGUUGAAAGACCCAGAAUAUGCAGCAUUAAACAAACAAUUUGGAAGACUGCAUGCAGCUAGUAUGAUCAGCAACUUCUGUGUGAUGGGUGGUAGUUACAUUCAUCUCUUGUCUUUGGCUUCAAAUGGUCUUUAA